AUGGAACCCAGAAACCGAACAGCUGCUUCAGAAUUCUUCCUCCUGGGCCUGACAGAGGACACAGAACUGCAACCCCUUUUCUUCAGCCUGUUCCUGUGCACGUACCUGGUCACGGUGCUGGGGAACCUGCUCAUCAUCCUGGCCGUCGGCUCCGACGCCCACCUGCACACCCCCAUGUACUUCUUCCUCUCCAACCUGUCCUUGACUGACAUCGGGUUAAGCACAACCACCAUCCCAAAGAUGCUGGCGAACAUCCAAGCUCGGGAUCAGAGCAUCACUUACGUGGGCUGCAUCACCCAGGUCUGCUUCGUCUUGCUUUUUGCUGGCUUGGAAAACUGCCUCCUGGGAGCAAUGGCCUAUGACCGCUAUGUGGCCAUUUGUCACCCGCUAAGGUACACGGUCAUCAUGAACGCCCGCCUAUGUGGCCUGAUGCUUCUACUCUCUCUGUGUCUCAGUGUGGCGAAUGCCCUGCUGCUCAGUGUCACGGUCUUGCCGCUGUCCUUCUGCUCAGACCUGGAGAUACCCCUCUUCUUCUGUGAACUUGCCCAGGUGCUCAAGCUCGCCUGUUCUGAUACCCUCAUCAACAACGUCCUGAUAUAUUUUGUAUUUUGUGUAUUCGGAGGCGUGCCUCUGUCUGGGAUCAUUUUCUCUUAUACUCAAAUAGUCUCUUCGGUUUUGAGAAUGGCAUCAGCAGGUGGAAAGUACAAAGCUUUCUCCACCUGUGGGUCUCACCUCUCUGUGGUGUUCUUGUUCUACGGGACAAGUUUCGGGGUGUACGUCAGUUCUGCAGUCACCGACUCACCCAGGAAGACGGCAGUGGCUUCAGUCAUGUAUUCUGUGGUCCCUCAAGUGGCAAACCCCUUUAUCUACAGUCUGAGGAACGAAGACAUGAAGGGAACCUUGAGGAAACUCAUGGGGAGGAUGCCUUCUCUUCUGUGA